CGCGCGGCACCGGAAAGGCGAGGCCUUUGCGCUCGCGCACCGUAGAAAUCGUUACCGGCACCGCCACCACGCCCACUCGAGCAAGCCGCCGAGCACCCAGCGAGAACCUCCCACUCCUCCCAGUGGCUCUCUGUCCUCUCGCGCCCCCUCGCGUCCUCACUGCCACUUGAAAUACCGGUGGGCACACGACCGCUCCAGUGUUCAACUGCUCCGGGCUGUGAUUUGGUGCGACUUGGUGUUGUUGGUGGUGGUGCUACACGUCUUGGCCUCUGCUUCCUCGGAGGGAUUGGAGCCGUUUGAACUCAGGAGCUUGCUGCUGGCCAUGGUCCAAGGGUUAGGGGAUGGAUUGAGGCGUGGGGGGAGAGGAGCGCAGUAGCUUCCUCUUCUUCUUCUUCUUCGGUGCGCGGGUCUGGGCUCUCGGGAGCGAGCAUGGCGGCGGGUUGGGAUUGCGACAGGGUCAGCUGAUCCUAGCAAUUGGACCCGACAGACCAUUUUAUUCUGUGAUCUCAUCAUAAUUGAAGCCCCCACUGAUGAAAAGCUGUUACCUUGGUUGCUUUCUUGAGUACUGGUCACCAGAUAGUAGCAUGUUCUCUUCUGUGUGAUUAGGCUUGAUUGUGGACUGACACUCCUGGUCACUUAUCUCUUGUGAUCAUCCAGAGUAUAUCAUCUGUCAGCUGAUCUUUUCUCUAUGGAAUCGCUUCCCUUUAUGAAAGUAUCCUUGUUUUAGGGCAAAUCUCCUUUGGCAAACAUUGUUCAGGGUGCAUCACUUUGCUGGUUAUCCUGAGCAUAUUCUCCUCGUCGAAUGAACUAUCAGCAGCGAAGAGACUUCCAAAUGAUAUCCAUCAGGAAAUUCUCAUUUAGUUUGAUGGAAGUUUCAUAAGGUUUCGUACCAUCUGAUUUGCUGGGCAAAUCUCCUUUGGCAGUACUUAUUAAUAGCUCUUUUGGGGGCAAAUCUCCUUUGGCAUUAGCUUUAAGAUUUCUCACUGGGCAAAUCUCCUUUGGCACUAGUUCUACCUUUAGUUUCACAUCGCUCUUCGGGCAAAUCUCCUUUGGCACUAAAUACCAAUUAUAUUUACUAUUUUUAGUAAAUCUCCUUCCGCUGUGCGCACUAGCAUCUAUAUCUGGGUAAUUCUCCUUUGGCAUUAUCAGUCAAGUGUGCUGCCUGCCUGCACAUAACUUAUACGAGAAUAUCAAGAAGUGAUUCUGGAAGAAAUACUUGGCCAGCUGGUAUAUUGACCUUCUGGACAUCAAUUUGCAUAUUGUUCCUUGUUCUUGAGAUUACCACGUUACCCAAGCAGCCACACCUUACUAAGAAGGGUUUGAAAUCAUGGAUUUGUUUACAAUUGACUCGGAUAGUGAGUCAUAUACUGGGACCAGUGACAGUGAAGACCAAGAAUGUGAAUUUACAUAUAGUGACCAUGCCCAAAACAUCUUGUCCAGUCUGGAUGAGAGCAUUGGCAAGAUUGAUAAUUUUUUGACUUUUGAAAGGGGGUUUCUGCAUGGGGAUAUAGUCUGCCCUGUUUCUGAUCCCUCAGGUCAGCUGGGACGUGUUGUUGGUGUUGCAAUGUUUGUUGACUUGGAGACAAGCUCAGGUGACAUAAUUAAAGAUGUAAACAGCAAGAAGCUAUCAAGAGUGAGAUCUUUUGUUUCCGGUGACUGCGUUGUUAUGGGGCCAUGGAUUGGACGAGUGAUAAGAGCAUUUGAUCUUGUCACACUUUUAUUCAGUGAUGGAGCAAAGUGUGAAAUCCUGUUAAGGGAUUCGGAUGUACUGAAGCCCAUUCCUCCUGUUCUUUUUGAAGAUGCACCUUACUUUUAUUAUCCUGGCCAACGUGUGAGGAUAGUCGAUCCGUCAGUUUCCAAGUCAGCAACAUGGUUAUGUGGAUCAUGGAGGCCCAGUAGAGAUGAUGGUAUUGUCUCUCAUGUCGAUGUAGGGCUGGUGCAUGUGAACUGGAUCACAUCUGUAACCAAUGUUUGGGGAGAUAAAUCAUCAAGUCCUCCAAACAUUCAGGACCCAAAGAAGCUCACCUUGCUGUCAUGUUUCCCUUACGCUAAUUGGCAACUAGGUGAUUGGUGUGCUCUUAUGACUGACAACAAUGGAUGCCUCUGGAUGGAUUCUGGCAAGUCUUGUAUUCUUAGUGAAGACCAGAAGUGUGACUCUCAUGCACACAUGUAUUUUGAAAGUUAUGGUUCAGAUUGUUCUCAAACAUUUGUUGUUGCCAAGACAAAGAGCACUGUUGAUGUUCUGUGGCAGAAUGGAACUGUAUCUCUUGGUCUAGAACCCCAGGCAUUACUCCCUGUGAGUACCCUUGGUGACCAUGAUUUUUGGCCAGGUCAAUUUGUCCUAGAAAAACUGACUGUAGAAGAUGCUGCAAGAUGUCCGCGAACGGCAAUAGUGAGUGAUGUGGAUGCACUGGAGCGAACAGUAAAUGUAAAAUGGAUUGGUCCAGCACAUAGUGACAUUGUCAGCUAUGGAAGUGACCCUGCAGUGGAGACUGUAAGUGUUUAUGAGCUAGUAGAGCACCCAGAUUUCUCCUUCUGCACUGGCGAGGUCGUUAUCAGGUCAGCUAUGAACAUAGACAAGUCUGAAGCAGAUCCCACAAAUGGGUCAUUGGCAAGCAAAGAAUCAUUGGUUACCUCCUCUGGCUUCUUAUCAUGCACCGGAAAUGUACUUGGGUACAAGGACAAUGGAAUUGAAGUGCAAUGGGCUAAUGGUGUUAUAUCCAAGGUGCAACAUUUUGAGAUAAUUGGAUUGGACAAGCUUCUUGAUAAUAGUUCUGUAGAAUCAAUGAAUGAGGAACAUACAAUUGGUGAUUCAUUAGACGAGGCUGAGCAGGAGGAAUUGAACCAUGAGAUUGCUCUGGAGUCUACUGAAGACUGCACUGGCUCCUUGUGCAAAGCCACUGCUUUUCUAUUUCCCAAGACAGCUUUUGACUUCCUGACAAAUGUGGCUGCUAGUUUGUUUGGUAUUCAUGGUUCUCCAUCUCCAAGCUCAGUUUUGGUAGAUCCUCGAUAUGAAAUUGUGAAGAUGGCAGAAAUGCAGCCAUGUGCAGAAGAAACACCAAAAGAAGAACAGAUAGUGAAGUUUGUGGCGCAGAUUGACAAGCCAAUUCUCUCUUCAGAAGAUGCCAUCUCAAAAAGAUUCGAUGUAGUCACUGACUGUUUGGAUCAUCAUUUUGUGAAGGAAAAUGGCCAUGAAAGUGUUACAAGAGGUUGGUUGAAGAAGGUGCGACUGGAAUGGAACAUCCUGCAAAAUGACCUACCAGAUGGUAUUCAUGUGAGAGUUUAUGAGGAAAGGAUGGAUCUUCUGAGGGCUUGCAUCGUUGGGGCACCUGGAACACCUUACCAUGACAAUCUUUUUUUCUUCGAUAUUUUCUUUCCUCCUGAUUACCCCCAUGAACCACCUUCUGUUCACUAUCACUCUGGUGGUCUCCGCCUGAAUCCAAAUCUGUAUGAGUCGGGAAAAGUGUGCCUCAGCCUCCUGAAGACAUGGACAGGCACUGGUAACGAAGUGUGGAAUGCUGAGAGCUCAACUGUUCUUCAGCUGCUGUUAUCGCUUCAGGCCCUUGUUCUCAACGAAAAACCUUACUUCAACGAGGCGGGAUACGACAAAUUUGUGGGCAAGGCUGAUGGAGAGAAGAACUCCAUCACGUACAAUGAGAAUGCCUUCCUUCUGUCAUGCAAAUCCAUGAUGUAUGUUUUACGCAAGCCUCCAAAGCAUUUUGAGACGUUGGUCAAGGAGCAUUUCACCUGCCGUGCCCCGCACAUCCUGGAUGCCUGCGAGGCUUAUCUUGGGGGCGAUCUCGUCGGACACGCGCACGACAAAGCAUACGUAGCAGAGGACGGCAACAAGAACUGCUCAACCGGUUUCAAGAUAAUGCUUGGUAAGCUUCUGCCGAAGCUCGUUACUGCCUUCUGUGAGGCCGGUAUCACCAGCGACCGGUAAAACCAGCGCAAGCCUGCUCUCUGCUGCAUCAGCAAUGGAAUUGGGACCCUUUAUUAUAUUGCGCGUGUAUAUUCGAUGCUUGUGUAUUCCAAAUAAAAUGGCGCCUGGUUUGUGUGUUACUUGUGCCUGUCUUGUAAAUGUGAAACAGUAUAUACAGAUGAUUGCUGAACUGAUAUGCUUGGUCUUGUAAAUGCGGAACGGUAUGUACGCAUGAUUGCUGGUGUUUAUGUUGCUAAGCUGAAGGCAGCUAAACACUCAAGUGUUUGGGUUUGGGCUGUCUUCUGCGGUCAGUGUGAAAUAAAAUGUAAAUGUGUGUUGUUCAA